AUGACCGAACUCGCCGUCAGAGCGGAUCGCGCCCGCGUCCCACUGCGGCUGUCGUCAUUCUACGAGCUUUACAAGAAAUUCCUCAAGGGCCAAGGGUGCAAGUGGCACGACGUCGCGAAACUACUGAACGUACUCGCCGAAGUACUUUUCGAUGUUGACGGCGCUUUUACUCGCAUCGCGGGCAAGGUCAGCGCGCUGGGUAUAGCUGGUAAUGCGACGAAAUGCGCGCGCGGCGGCACCUCGGAGUGCGCGGGAGGGCGCUCCCACGGGUUGCCGAUAUUUUUAGUCCGCGACCAUUACUUGGCACCGACGGCCGCACUCGGCUGCGCCAGUGAUCUCUCUGAAAUCCGUCCGCUCUUAGGUGCGCUCCCGUUC